AUGAUUGAGUCCUACAAUUCUUACACCAACACUGCAACUCCUCAUUCCAAGUCUUACGCCACCACUGCGACACCACAGAACAUGCACAUUGAUUUGAGACUUCUACGUGCUUUGUUCGACAAAGAAAGGGGCAGUGGCACAGCGCUUGAAUGCUACAUGAAGGACUAUAAUGUAUCGGAGGAAGAGGCAGCCAGGAAGUUUCGAGAGAUGUGGGAGGAUACUUGGAAGGUUAUGAACGAGGAACGCUUGAGGCCUACUCCCAUUCCAAGGGAUGUUCUCAAAAUGCUUCUCAACAUCACAAGAGUAAGUGAAACCAUUUACAAGCACGGAAUAGAUGGAUUCACUCAGCCACAUGCCAUUGAAGACCAUAUAAGGGCAAUGCUUGUGGAUUUCAUGUCUAUUUGA